UUACUCUAAGGGCGGAAUGUAUGAUUUCCUAGUUUUCUACUCUAAAGUAUCUAUGAUUCCUCCGAGAUGGAUAAAUUGUCCCCCUAUAGGAGAUAUGAUUCUUGACACAUUCAUUCCUUUUAAAACUCCAUUGAAUGAUAGCUACGUAAGAUUUCUGGAUGAAAGCCAAAUAUUUGACGUUGAGACCUUGGCUUCUUAUACAGAAUCGUAUCAGCUUGGGAUGGUAGUAGACCUCACGAAAACUCGUCGAUAUUAUAAUCAGAAAGAAGUAGAAGUAAGGAAUUGGAAAUACAUGAAAAUCAAUUGCAAAGGAAACGAAGAGACUCCAACUGAAGAUCAAGUUGCAUACUUUAUUAACAUAGUUCGUCGAUUUCAGAAUUUCGAUAAACUUAGAAAAAUUGGUGUGCAUUGUACUCACGGCUUCAAUCGGACUGGUUUCAUGAUAUGUGCUUAUUUAGUGGAAGAGCUUCAGUACAGGUGA